AUGCCAGGCAUCUUCACCCCUGCGACCAUCGUGGCGCUCCAUCUCUCUGUCCUCAUCACCGUCUCUGUCAUCUGGAGCAGGAUCGUCCCUCAACCGUACAUGGACGAGAUAUUCCACAUCCCGCAGGCACAGCGGUAUUGUCAAGGAGAUUACUGGACAUGGGAUCCCAAACUGACCACCCCUCCAGGACUAUACGUAAUUAGCAACAUCCUGCUCGCGGCACAGAGACCCCUGUGCUCAACGUUCUUCCUCCGCCUCACCAACCUUAGCUACCCAUUCAUCAUCCUCUUCACAGUCGCGUCUUUGCUGAAAUCGAUUCACCCACAUCUCACCCGACAGGAACGGCUCAAUUCGGCCGCGGUGAUAAUUUGCUUCCCGAUCCUCUGGUUCUUCAACUUUUUGUAUUAUACCGAUGGUGGAAGCUCCGCUUUUAUCCUUCUCUCCUGGCUUGCUGCCAAGAAGAGACAUCACCUCCUCUCGGCCUUGGGAUCGGCGGUGGCAGUGACAUUCAGGCAGACAAACAUCAUCUGGUCGCUCUUUAUUGUCGGGACAGCACUCCUGGAACUCUCGACACCCGCCGAGCGUCGACGAUUUGAUCCAAAGGCAGCAUUUGUGCAGUCGCCAUUGCAGCUGAUUCAGGCUCUGACGGGAUUCAUCCAGAUACUACUCUCCAAGUUCACAAGGGUUAUCACCAUCUCCCUGCCCUAUCUGGGACUCUUGGCUGGUUUUGCGGCGUUUGUCAAGUGGAACGGAGGCAUCGUCCUCGGCGAUCGCUCAAACCAUAUCCCGUCAAUGCAUGUGAUGCAGCUGUUCUACUUUGCAGUAUUUUCAGCAGGAAUGUCAAUGUUUGCUAUCCUGGGCGUAGUUCCUGUAGCCCGUCUCAUCAGGAGACCUACUUUCAAGUAUGGUCUACUAUCCUUUGGCUCCUCGCUCAUGUCGCGCUAUAACGGGAUCAUUCUCUAUGCAUUGGUGCCCGCUUACAUAGCAGCGGCCUGGUUCUGCUGGCAAGCCCUUGGCACUGAGCAAACGAUUCUGUGGGUUGUGAUCUACGCAGUCGCAACGAUGUUGACAUUGAUCCCAUCGCCUCUGCUAGAGUUCCGCUACUUUAUCACACCUUACUUGAUCUACCGAAUCGCCAUGCGUCAACCCAGAGGCGUGUGGUUGUUCCUGGAACUGCUCUUCUACACAGCCAUCAAUGCGGUGACAGUCUGGAUGUUCCUCAACAAGCCCUUCCGGUGGGCCCAUCAGGAAGGCGUUCAGCGAUUCAUGUGGUAG